CGUGCCACCAUUUACACAACCGUGGUAUUACUCUCUCCCUUCUCUGCCCGCUCCGCUUCUGCGUUCGUGUGACCUCUCGCUUUCUUAAUUCCCCAUCUGAAACCCCGCAAACUCCUUCUCCGACCAAUACCCUCUUCUCGAUCCAAUCCGAGAUCGGCGAGCAGUUAAAGGUCGGUUCUUGCUGUGAAAGAUGCCGGUUCCCCUUCUUGCCCUAGUUUGGAUUUCCCCUGCUAUUUCCCCCUUCGCGUUUGAUCGUUUUGUGCGAUCUAUGAGUUAGGGUUUCAAUCCCUAGUUUUUGGUCCAGGAACCCGGUUUGUCGUGCCGGUUAUCCGCUUCUUUUGUUGGGGAUUCGGGAGCAUCGGAAGGUCCGUAUGUGAGUGUGGGGCAUCUGCCUAAGCUUUCCUGUUGCUAGGGUUAGGGAUAUGGGGAGCACUGGAGAGCCGGAGAGGAAGCGGCGUCAUUUUAGCUCCAUCUCCCCCACCAGCGCCGGUGCGACCACCAAGAAGCAGCCGUUAGCCCCUUGCAAAGAGGACAAGAAGCUCGAUUUUGCUGUGCUACGAUACAAGAAUCAGAAGCUCUCUGAACAGUUAGAAGCUCAGAAAUUUGAGUAUCUUGCUCUUGACAAUAAAUUUCAUCAGCUCAAAGAGAAACAGAAGAUUCAUGAUGACACUUUACUUUUGGUUAAUAACUAUUGGGAGUGGCUAGUCAAUGAUCUGGAAUCACUUUCUGCCAGUGCAAGUGGAUCCACGAGUAGUGGUCAUCACUUGAAGCAUUCUCAUGUUUUAGAGGGUGACUCUGCAGCAAUUCUUUACUAUAUUUUCACUCGAGUUUUUUUCAAAGAUGGACCAUCCUGCCCCACAGAAGGUGACUUUUUGAGGAGACUUCUGGAAGCAGGUGCUACUGAAAGUUCACAUUAUGUAUCCCCUACUCCGGACAGAGAUAAUAUGCAGGGAGCAGAAUUGACAACAAAACACAUCUUACAGAAUAUUAUAUGUUCACUUAAUGAUAUGUGGCAUGUAAAAGAGGUGUUUGUUGCUGCUGCUGACCAGGUGGCUCAAGCAGAAGAUGAAUCAAGCAGGCAAUUGCAGAAGAUUGCCAAGGAUUUAGAGGUAGAAAUUAGGAACUUUUUUGCGGGCAUGAAUGAUCUUCACUUCAAACACAGACUGUUGGCAGACAGUGUCCAGCAUUAUCGAGAUGUAGAUAUGAAAAAUAAGGCUGAAUGUAAACGUCUGGCAGAGGAGUCGGCAAGUACGGUUGCUGAGCUGGAAGAAAGCAAUUGUAAACUAACAAUCCUCAAGUCGCAGAGAGAUACAGCACAAAGCACAUGUUUUGCUUUUCCUACUUUUGGAAACAAACAAGUAGGUGGAGAUAAGGAGAAAGAUGUACAAAAAGAUAUGCAAGAUAUGGAAUCUUCCCUCAAGGAACUGACUGAUUUAGUUUCAAGCCGGUUAGAAGAGAUUAGAAGAUUGCAUGUAGAGAGAAUUGAAAUUCCAAAGAAAGUAGCUGAUCUCCGGAAUUCUUUCAUGGAUAUUAAGAAUAUCUCUUCAUCCAAAUCUUUUCAAUUGCUGAAUGAGUACGUGGAGAAAUCAAAGAAAGAAACGGAUGAAUGCCGGGCAUUGCUCGAGAAAUUGCAGGUUGAAAAGGAUAGCUUCAUUUGGCAUGAAAAAGAAGUGAAGUUGAAAGUUGAAUUAGCUGACAUUUCUCGGAGAGUGGCUGCGUUUUCUGAGUCUAGAAUUGUCGAGCUAGAACAGAUUUUGCAGAAACUAGCUGAUGAAAGGGUUCUCUUAGAGAUUAAGCUAGAAGAGGCUGCAAGAGAACCAAGUAGGAAACAAAUAAUUAAAGAGUUUAAGGCACUUGUCUCAUCACUACCAAAAGAUUUGAGAAUCAUGCAAAGUGAAAUCGACAAAAACAAGGAGGCUGCCAUAGAACUUCAUUCUUUGCGAGCUGAAGUUCAAUCUCUUUCUAGUGUGUUGCACAGGAAGGAGGAUGAGAUUAAAUCUUUAUCAGGCAAAUCCAUUAGACAACUAUCUGAAAUAAAGAAGCUGCAGUCAUUGGUUCAAGAUUUAAGAGAGAAUAAUCAGGAGCUGAAGCUAUUCCUAGAGAUGUACAGUCGUGAAUCCACCGAUUCCAGGGAUGUUAUAGAGUCUAAGGAUAACGAAUAUAAGGCAUGGGCUCUUGUGCAUAGUCUUAAAUCAUCUCUUGAUGAGCACAACUUGGAGUCAAAUGUUAAGGCAGCCAUUGAAGCUGAAGCAAUAUCCCAAAAGAGGCUAACCUCUGCUGAAGCUGAGAUCGAUGAACUAAGGCUGAAGUUGGAGAAAUGUGACAGAGAAAUAUCGAGUUUGUCUGAUAUUCUGAAGUCUAAACAUGAGGAAGGCGAAGCCUAUCUAUCUGAAAUUGAGAGUAUCGGACAAGCAUAUGAAGACAUGCAAACUCAAAACCAACAUCUCUUGCAGCAAAUCAUAGAGAGAGAUGAUUACAACACCAAGCUUGUUAUGGAAGGCGUGCAAGCCCGGCAAUUGCAGGAAGCACUCCGCUGGGAGAUACAAACCAUGGACAAAAAAUUGCAUCAAGCAAAUUUGUUGAAGGAUUCAUAUGACCUGAAAGUUGCCCAAAUGGAUGAGCAGUUAAAAGUAUGGUCAGAUCAAGUUGGGAAACUUGCUGAGGAUGGAUGGCAAAGCACCACUGCUUUUGAUAAUACCAAGAAAAGAUUCUUGGAGGUGCAGACUGAGUCAUACAAAUCGAGGCAGUCACUUGAUGGAGCGCUAACUAAAGUUGAGAAAAGCCGACUGGAUAUUGCAGAUUUGCUGAUAGAAUUAAGGAAGGAGAGGUUUAACAGGAAGAGAAUUGAGGAGAGCAUGGAAGUCAUGACAAGGAAAGCUGCCUUUCUUAGGGAACAAACCAAAGGCUCCACAGUGUUGCAGAAACUUAGACAAGAAGUAAAAGAAUAUAGGGGGAUACUGAAGUGCAGCAUCUGCCAUGACCGACAAAAGGAGGUUGUGAUUACGAAAUGUUUCCAUUUGUUCUGUCAUCAAUGUGUUCAAAAAACCAUUGAUAGCCGUCAACGUAAGUGCCGAACUUGCGGCAUGAGUUUUGGGCCUAAUGACGUGAAAUCGAUCUACAUAUGAUCCUGGAUCUAGAUGAUGCUUGAGCGCAAGAAAGAAAGCAAAAACCAUUGUGGCAGUGUGACUGGGUUGUGUUGCUUCAACCAAUUCUUGUAUCUUUGAAGCUUAUUGUCUGUAACAUAGCUUGGGAUUGAAUAGGCACGGGACUUUUCAAGAUCCCGCGCUCAUAUGGUCUUCUUACUAACCUACGCCAAGCGCCAUCUACACCCAUAUUACUGCACCAGCAGCCUGUUCCUGUCAUUCUAUUGUUUCAUAGUUUCUAUUAAUUGAGAUCCAGGUUGAGCUUGCUUAGCUUGCAUCGGGCGGUGGUGCAAAAAUUUGUUUGAAGCCAGUUUGUAAUAAUUUAUAAGAUACUUUCAGUUUGUUCCCAUGGAAUAUACCAUGUUAUAUCACUGCAUCUA